GUGACCGCCGUCACCUGACCAACAUGGCUGCGGGGCCGCUGCCAGGAGCCACCAUGGAUGCUCUCCUACGCAGCGUGGAGAAGGACCUGAGCAUCGACCGCUGGCAGCUGGCAGCCGCCUCCGAGGGCACCCACGUCACCGCUCUGGUCCCACACAAAUGGUUGGCCAACCUGCGGGAACGCCGGGCGCUGCCCACCCUCUGCCCGCGUCCGGAGGGGCUGAGCGAGGUGGAAGUGAGGACAUUCCUGCAGCGCUCCGUGCAGAAGCUGCCGGCAGGAUGGACCCGGGUGGAGAUCCACGGGCUGCGCAAGGAACGGUUGAUGCGGCCCCUCCGUGUGCCACCUGCUGCGGACCCGAGGGGCGGCAGCGCCGAGACCCUGCACGGCUUCAUGCAGCGCGUGGCAUCGCAGAAUUACCGCAACCUGUGGGGCCGGGCUCACUGCCUCUACGUGCGGCCCUACCGGCACGCUCACGCACCGCCCGCUGUGCCGGUGUUGGAUGCGCUCCGAGCGGCCCUGCAGAAAGCGUACGGCUGUCCCAUCCUCCAGGUGGGCAGAAGCGUGCCUUGCGCUUCCCCGGCCAAGGGGGUAUCCUCUGUGCCCUCCUCCUGCCCCAACGUGCUGCAAGCAGAAGCUCUGCUGGAGUCGGCUGAGAUGCUCUAUGUUAUCUAUCCCUACGUCCAGUACUGCUUGCAUGACAUUGUGACUUUCAGCCCAGCGAAGCUCACCAACAGCCAUGCCAAAAUCCUCUUCCUGCUCUUUCACGUGCUGCAGGCCAUGAGGGCAUGUCACCAGGCAGGACUGGCUUGUGGGGCAUUCUCCCUUCGUGACGUGGCUGUGGAUGAGAAACUCUGCAGCCGGCUCCGGGUCAACUUCAGGGAGUAUGAAGGUCCCAGGAAGGAGGAAAUAAAUGCAGGAAGCGAUCUGGAACGAGUGAGUGAGCAAAGCGGUGCUGGGAUGCGAGGGGACACGGCGAGGUGCUCCACCUGCCAGCAGGAGCUACGGGACCUGGUGCUGCAGUGGGUGCACGGCCGGGUCAGCAACUUCGACUACCUUAUGCGUUUGAACAGUUUGGCUGGGAGGAGAAUGGGAGACCCCAAUUAUCACCCGGUUCUUCCAUGGGUGGUGGACUUCACAACCAAAAAUGGCAAGUUCAGGGACCUAAGGAAAUCCAAAUUCCGUCUCAAUAAGGGGGACAAGCAACUGGACUUCACCUAUGAGAUGACCAAGCAAGCAUUUGUUGCUGGCGGGUCAAGUGGGGAGCAGCUCCAUGUCCCCCACCACAUCUCUGAUGUCCUUUCAGAUAUCACCUACUACGUGUACACAGCUCGCAGGACGCCCAAAUCAGUGCUGUGCUGUCAUGUGAGGUCCCAGUGGGAGCCCAACGAGUAUCCAGCCAGCAUGGAACGCAUGCAGAGCUGGACCCCGGAUGAGUGUAUCCCAGAGUUCUAUACAGACCCAUCCAUCUUCAGAUCCAUCCAUCCCGACAUGCCUGACCUGGACGUGCCGUCAUGGUGCAGCUCCUACGAGGAGUUCAUCGAAGUCCACCGCAUGCUGCUCGAGAGUCGGGAAGUGUCUCAGGACCUCCAUCACUGGAUUGAUCUUACUUUCGGGUACAAGCUGCAAGGGAAGGAUGCUGUCAAGGAGAAGAAUGUCUGCCUCCAUCUGGUAGACAACCACACGCAUCUGACGACCUACGGGGUCGUACAGCUCUUUGACCAGCCACAUCCCAGGCGCAUGGUGGGACCUGCCUACACUCCUGCUGAAGCUCCGGCCAUUGCUCGGCCUCUCCUCCAGAAUAUCAAAGAGACUGUGAUUUUGGAGGACAUCCAGUGCCCCGUGACUGACGCAGUUAAUGGGCUGGUCCUGGAGGCUACUCCUACUGAAACCACUUGGUCUGGGGAGAAACCCAUCGCUGGUGAAGAUGAUUUAGAGCAAGGCACGGAAGCACUGGAUUCCAUUUCCGUGAGUAGCAGAGCUCCUGAUCAGCCCAGCAGCUCUUCAGCACAGCCCUCCACCAUCCCUGCUUAUCCCACUGAAGGUAAAGCCUCAGGUGUCCGACCCCUCCGUCGGAGCAAGGCAGGUGCUGCAGAUCAGGCAGACAGGGAUGACAUGAAGAUCACGCUUCCUGAAGGCUUCAAUCCGCUCCAGGCCUUGGAAGAACUGGAGAAACUGGACAAUUUCCUGGUUAAAGGCUUGAGCAGCGAUAUGCAGCUGAUGGAGCAACCUGGGGAAGAGCCACUGCUGGGUCUCUCUGACCUCUUCCAGAGGGAUAUGCAAGCAUUGGGUAUUCUGAUUGCUGAAAUAAUAUUUGCACCAAGGAUCCGUCCUUCAAAGCCUGACGCGUCCCUGCUGGAGCGGUUCCUGAUGGUUCGUAACCUGUGCCGCUACCACCCCAAGGAGAUCCCGGCCCCACUGCAGCACGUGCUGCACAUCCUGCUGCAGCUCAGCGUGCCGGUGGAGAAGCUUCUAAAGACCAGGUUGGGCAAGGACGCUGUACAGCUGUUUGAAUACAAACCCAUUUCCCAGGGCCUCCCUCCACCUUGUCCCACGCAGCUCCUCAGUCCCUUCAGUUCUAUCGUUCCCUUCCCCACGUACUUCCCAGCUCUGCACAGAUUCAUUUUCACCUAUCAGGCGAAGAAGAUAGAAGAUGAAGGUCAGGGCCGGGAGCUUGUUUUCCAGCUGUGGCAGCAGCUGGAAGGGAUUCUUUCUGAAAUCACUCCUGAAGGCUUGGAGAUUCUUCUGCCCUUCAUAUUAUCUCUGAUGUCUGAGGAGAAUACCGCUGUCUACGCGGCGUGGUAUCUCUUUGAACCUAUAGCUAAAUCUCUAGGUCCAAAGAAUGCCAACAAAUACCUCCUGAAGCCGUUGAUCGGAGCCUAUGAGACCCCCUGCUCCCGACACGGCCGGUUCUACCUGUACACGGACUGCUUUGUGGCCCAGCUCAUCGUGCGCCUGGGGCUGCAGUCCUUCAUCCUGAACCUGCUGCCACACAUCCUGCAGAUUCUCGUCGGCAUCGAGAGCUCACGGGAGGAGAGCAAAUCCCUCCUCGGUGCGGCUGAAGAUGAUGAAAGCGGAGGGGGCAGCCCCAUGUCGUGCGUGUUCGGGGAGGAGAUCAAAAUGGAUGUGGAGCACAGCUCCGCUGCGCUUGACCUCCUUGACUAUACCUCCGGGGUCAGCUUCCACGACCAGGCCUACCUGCCUGAGGGCGAGGACUUCCAAAGUGGUCUCUACGUCGGGGAGUCCCUGCAGCCCCAGGAGCAGGAGUCGCUCAGCCUGGGGCGGCUGAGUGAUAAAAGCAGUGCUAGUGAGGUGUCUCUGGGAGAGGACAGGCCUGCAGACGGGGACUCGCAGAAGGACAAGAGCAGCCUGAAGUCAGUGGACAGCAGCCAGGACCUGAAACAGAGCGAGGAUUCGGAGGAGGAGGAAGAGGAGCGUGAAGAAGAGGAGCACGAUGACACUGGGGCUGACACAGAGCUGGCAGGGGCUGUGGAUGUUGGUGUCUCGGUGGAUGCUGGCACCUCUGUGGACGUCACCCUGGCUGAUGACGGCAGUGAGCCGGAGGAUGGAGAGGGAGAGGAACUGCCAGAUCACUCGGAUGACAAAGAGCAGACAAUACUCCUGGACACAGCCUGUAAGAUGGUGAGGUGGCUCUCGGCCAAGCUGGGCCCCACUGUCACAUCCCGCUUCAUCGCCAGGAACCUGCUCCGUCUGCUCACGUCCUGCUACGUCGGCCCCACCAGGCAGCAGUUUGUCCCCAGCAACGAUGAGAACGGCCCCCUGAGCACUGGGAACAUCUACCAAAAGCGCCCGGUGCUGGGAGAUCAGGUGUCCAAGCCGGUGCUGGCUUGUCUUCUGCACGUGGCAUACCUGUACGGAGAGCCCGUCCUCACCUACCAGUACCUGCCCUACAUCAGUUACCUGGUUAGUGUAAGCUCCUCUCUUUCUGUGCCUGUUGGCAUGUGUGAUCGUGGAGAAAAAACUGUGCUUUGCAGGGCAGCUGGCGUGGGGUGGGCUGGUGACCGUGGGCAGCUCAGGCUGCUGGAGCAAGCAGGGUUAGAUGUGGGUAGAUGGGACAGGCUGGGAGAGGUUAAAGGAGGGUUUUCAACUGUAUUUAAAAAAAAUACUGGCAAAGUUUACAAUUUUUUCAGCUUGAAAUUCUUUGCUGAAUAG